AUGAAUCUCGCUUUCCAAUUGCCAGAUGAUACGUGUGAUCCGCCGCCAACUGCAUAUCGAGAGUCUCCGAGAAACCGUCACGUUUGGUUGCACUGCCUUGAGUUCUCGUACACGCAUACUCUCGGCGCCGAUGGCCCUCUCAACGAAGGCUCCGGUUCAACAACAGCCAAAUCAUCCGCCAACUCAACUUCUUCGGCUCCUGAAGAUGACCCAUUUUGGUCGCGUGUUCAUGCUCAUCUUCAGCCCUCUCCUCGAUUGACCCGUCUUGUCUGGGGCAACCAGCCCGAGGUGGGAAUGACGCAAACCGCAACAGGCAUUGAUGUUCAAAGUGAAUUUUCCAGUUUCCGUCGUCUCGAGCUGAAUGGUGAAGUUGGUGUACCGCAUUCCAUGCGAGCACAAGUUUGGCCCAGACUUUCUGGCGCUCUGAUACGAAGACGCAGCAGUGGACAAGUCUGCGGACCUGGCAAAUCGUCCGGAAGUGGAGGCGGAGCUGGUCUUCGUGCCUGGAAAAGUGUGUUCAACCAACUGUCUGGAAGUGACGACUUGGGCGAUGGUAAUUUCACCUACUCGAAUGUGCUUCGAGUCAGUUCUGACGAGAAUUUGCCGGCCGGAAAGCAGAUUGAAAAGGUGUUGCAUUGGCUAUUUAAUCUUUGCUCACUUCGUGAUUUACCUUUUUUUCUUUCAUCUCUUUUUACUGCAGAUAAAGCUCUUUUCGCUUCAUAA